UAUCUCUAUAGCAGCAUUAGACAACCCGCGCGCCUGGAGAUCCCCGGGAUUAAACAGGGGCGGAAAGGGUUUGUUUUUGGCAACCGAACACCUCUGUGAUAGAAUCAGCAAUAGAAAACAUUAUUAGCAGCCUAUACAUUUACCAUCUCUAGAAUAAACACACUCAACAGAAACCAUGUCUGUCGCAGGAUUUAAGAAGCAAUUUCACAAAGCCACUCAGAAAGUGAGUGAGAAGGUGGGUGGAGCUGAAGGAACAAAGCUGGAUGAAGAAUUCAUGGAAAUGGAAAAGAAAGUGGACACCACCAGCAGGGCAAUCUUAGACAUUAUGACCAAGACCACAGAGUACCUGCAGCCUAACCCAGCGACCCGGGCGAAGAUGACGAUGAUGAACUCCAUGUCGAAGAUGCGGGGUCAGGAGAAGGGUCCGGGGUACACGCAGGCCGAGACGCUGCUGGGGGAGACCAUGCAGAAGUACGGCCGCGAGCUUGGAGACGAGUCCAACUUCGGCGUGGCUCUCAUUGACGCUGGUGAGGCCAUGAGAGAGCUGGGAGAAGUGAAGGAUGCUCUUGACAUGGAGGUGAAGCAGAACUUUAUCGAUCCGCUCCAGAUCCUGCAUGACAAGGACCUGAAGGAGAUACAGCACCACCUGAAAAAGUUGGAGGGCCGGCGCCUGGAUUUCGACUACAAGAAGAAGAGGCAGGGCAAAGUGCAGGACGACGAGAUCAAGCAAGCCCUGGAGAAGUUUGACGACUCCAAGGAGAUCGCCGAGCAAAGCAUGUUCAACCUCUUAGAAAGCGACCAAAUCGAGCAGGUCAGCCAGCUCGCUUCCCUGGUGAAGGCCCAGCUGGAGUACCACAGACAGGCCACGGACAUCAUGAACCAGCUCUCAAGCAAGAUGGAAGACAGAAUAAGAGAGGCCUCAAAUAAACCCAGGAAAGAGUACGCUCCUAAGCCGCGUACAUCCUUGGACUUCACCACCACUGAGAAUCAAAAUGGAGGCGUUGCACACAUUAGUGCUGCCAGGAGGUCUCCAGCCCCAAUGGACCAGCCCUGCUGCCGGGCGCUGUACGACUUCGAGCCCGAGAACGAGGGGGAGCUGGGCUUCAAGGAGGGCGACGUCAUCACCCUGACCAAUAAGAUCGAUGAAAACUGGUACGAAGGCAUGCUCCAUGGCCAAUCAGGCUUCUUCCCCGUCAACUAUGUGGAUAUCCUGGUGGCGUUGCCUCAUUAGACACUCCCAGCUGCCGCUUCUACAGGUCUGCCUGUAGCCAUGACAACGACCAUGGAUAUCACUGGCCACAGCAUGACAGACUGCCUAUGAGUACAAACCAGAAUAUAAACAUAAAACUGCAAUGAUGCUAUUGAAAAAAAAAGUUUUAUCUUCUUGUGUAAGAAGGUGAGAACACUUGUGUGGUUUUGCCCUUGCUUCUCCCUGCUCUUGAGUGUUAAAUUGCCAGUGUCUUCAGUUAUAAGCGCAGUUAAACUUUGCAAACCUUUCAGUAUGCUCAAAAUUCCACUAUAUUGUUUUUUAUCCUUUUAUCUUGCAUUUCUGGCUUUAGAUCGCAGGAUUAAUCACAGGAUUAACCUUUUCUUAGAAAAUACACGAGGCAUGAUUAAAAUUGGUAGUUUUUAAGCAAAACCUGUAAGCUAUCCUGAGUAAAAAAAAAAAAACACAAAAACCUUUGAAAAACUAAAAAGUACUACAACUAGUGCAAACUUGCUUGCAUGCCUCCAUAGGAUUUGAAAGUGGAAGUGCUGUGUUUACCCAACUCUCAUUGUUUUAAUUACUUUUGACAUCACAUUUACAUUAGCGUGACACUGUGUUAGCACUGAAAUAUGUAAAACAAUAAAUAUGGGACUGGAUCUGUUGUGAGGAAAGGCAUCCUAUCCCCUUCUCUGGCUGUAUGAUUGACAGCCAUCAGGACAAAUCAAUAGAUUACUUAUACAGUACAGUUUCCAUGGCAAUACACAAUCAUAUAUGUCUGUUUUACAUAUGUUGUUACAUGUAUGUAUGGGACAGUCAGUGAUAAAUGAUGAAUAUUGAUAUUUAUGUGAAGGAAAAGACACAUAAAAACAUUACUUUAAAGUCAUAUUGAUAAAACAUUACCGUAACAAAAAUAUUUACUGUAAAACAUGAGGUGGAAAUAUUUGUGAAAAUGAUAUGUGUACUGUGUGCUAUAAUCAUACAAAUGUGUUUUUAUUGAAGUGGCUGUGAUAUCUGCAGUUAAAGAUGCAAUGGUUUUCUUGCACUUGUUGGUCUACACUUUUAUAUUUUUCCUUGCGGAUUAUGACUAAUGGAAACUUCAGAGCUCAAAAUAUAUCUUUUACCUUGCUUUACAGUAUUCACAUGAAUAAGAUCCACACAUUACUAAUAUUUACUAACAUUUCUGAACUUCAUUUAACAAAAAUUAAUGUUGAGACCAUCAAUUUAUUUCUUAUAAAUCUGAUAUUAGAACAGGUUUUGCAGGGUUAACAGUAGUAGUACAACCAUUCCAGAAAGCCGAGUUAAAAAGGGAGCUUGUAUGUGAUGAUUAUUUAAAUUGAUACCGGAUUAAUCUGGCAAAACAAAGCAGGCAGCUUAUUCUGUCAGUUGACAUUGGCCAUCCUAUAAACUACAUAUCACUGGCCAUGCUUACAGAUCCUGCCAUUGAACAUUUUAUUGCCUGCUAUAUACAAGACCAUGUCACUGACUAGACCACUGGCCAUGAAACUGACCCCAUUACUGUCGACUGACAAUGUUACUAAUUCUGACACUGCCCACAAAGGAGGCGUGGAUAUUAUAAUGACCAGAGCACCUAGGGAGGCUCUGACGUAAUCUAUUGUAUUAAUGUAGCAUUCUGAAUAGCAAGUUUUUUCAUUCUCAUUGUUAAUCUAUCCAUUUAGACAUAACUUUGGAUCAGGACCAGUGUUUCGAAAUGACACCGUUUAAUCUUUUUCUUUCUUUUUUUUUAAAUAUAGAAGUGGAAGCACAACUUUUACUUUCAACGGUGUUUGUCAACAAAAUGUCCAAGGAUAUAUAGCAUGAGUGGGCAGCACAUUAAGUUUAAAAAGCAAUGUUUCCUUCAGUGUCUCUUUUAAUUUUAUAUUAUUGAGAAAUUCUUGUAUUUUGCCCUCAGUGAGGACUGUACAGCAUUUUGUGUUUGUUUUCACCUUGAGUAUGUAGUUAUCAAUAUAUGACCAGACAAUGAUACAGGAGGAAUUAUAUGUUUCAUACAAUUGUUUUGGAUUGUUCCUUUUUCCCGUUAUGUUUUUUUCUUGCUGCACCACAUUGCAAAUAUGUUUGAUGUAAUAAUAUCUGUUAUUUAAUUAAAUAAAUACCAACAAACUCAAAGCUAA